CUCGGCUCGUCUGCAUUGUCCGCGGAAAAUUCAAUUUACUAAUGGGCUCUUGGGAACGGUAGGAGCUUUCAUGCCGAUGUGGAAUUAACAAUGCCAGCGAGCCCACGGUUUGGCGUGCUGGUAUGACGACAUUCCUUGCUUAGCAGAAGAACCCACAUCCGACUAAAUUAUUCAAAAGUCAAUCUUCAUUCUGAUUGGUCGUCUGCUCCGGCAGGUAGAUCGUCUGCUCAAAUACGUGUAUGGCGAAUGCGCUUGUUCGUAGUGGCAGCGACUUUUUGAUCACUUUACUCUAGGUGUUUCCUACGGCCACAGGUGUGGAGGAAGCGAAAGACAAGUCUUUCUGAGGACCUUAAUGUGAGGUGUGGCAAAAUUGGAGAAAAUAUUACUUCCAACGGAGUGGAACAGAUUGGUCUGGUUCCCUUAGAACCAAAAAAGACCAAGAUGCCCUUCGGAAAUUUUGAAAACCUGAAAGGAAAAGUCCUUCAACCCCCCAAGGAUGCUGCCCAUUUGGCGAAAAUGUCCUUUCAGAGGAUGUUGGGGAAGCAGCAAGAUGAAAAAUCUCUUGUCAAAUAUGACGAACUAGAUGAGGUUUACUCCGAGGAAGAUGAUCCGGAGAAGAAAUCCAAACCCGCUUUCAAGUGUAGCUGCUGCAGAUGCAACUGUGCCAAGAGAUAUCUUAUCGCCAUCCUCAGCAGCGUCGGAUUCAUUUUAUCAUUUGGUAUUCGGUGCAACUUGGGAGUUGCCAUCUUGAAAAUGACAAAAAACGAAAGUGUGGACUUGGAUGGAGAUGGAACAAUAAGAAAAAAUGAAUCGGAACCAGAGUUUAGUUGGACGCCAGAAACAGUGGGAGUUGUGGAUAGCUCAUUUUUCUGGGGAUACAUAGUUACACAGGUGCCAGGAGGUUAUCUGGCAUCAAGGUUACCCGCCAACAGGUUAUUUGGCAUGGCUAUAGGACUAUCGGCAUGCCUGAACAUGUUACUACCAGCAGCUGCUAAAGUACACUAUGGUCUGGUUAUAUCAGUGCGUAUCCUACAAGGAUUAGUUGAGGGUGUGACAUACCCUUCUUGUCACGGUAUUUGGCGGCACUGGGCCCCACCCUUAGAACGAUCUAUGUUAGCCACUAUAUCAUUUUGUGGGUCGUACGCGGGUGCCGUUCUCGGCAUGCCGUUAUCGGCGGUCCUCACCGAGUACCUUGGAUGGCAAUCGGGCUUUUACGUGUUCGGUGUGUUAGGUGCGUUAUGGUCUAUUGUAUGGUGGUUCUUUUCAUUCGAAAGGCCGGGAGUACAUCCCACAAUUACUGAAGAGGAGAGGAUCUACAUCGAAACCUCCAUCGGAGAAAAUACAUCUAUAAUCAAUAAGAACCAUAAGACCCCGUGGCUCAAGUUUUUCACGUCGAUGCCGGUGUAUGCUAUCAUGGUAGCCAACUUCUGCCGAAGCUGGACGUUCUAUCUCCUGAUCAUCAGCCAGCCCACAUACUUCCUCAAGGUCUUCGGCUUUGAGAUUGACAAGAGCGGCACCCUGUCUGCUUUGCCUCACCUGGUGAUGGCUGUCAUCGUUCCUAUAGGGGGGCAGCUUGCUGACUUUCUACGUCGUAGGAUUCUCACAACUACUGUUGUUAGGAAGAUCUUCAACUGCGGAGGAUUCGGGAUGGAAGCUGUUUUCCUAUUGGGCGUUGGUUUCACCCGUGACACAGCCACGUCAAUAGUCUGCCUCACUCUAGCCGUCGGAUUCAGUGGAUUUGCCAUUUCCGGUUUCAACGUGAACCACCUUGACAUUGCCCCGCGGUACGCCAGUAUCUUGAUGGGGCUGUCCAACAGCGUGGGGACCCUGUCGGGCAUGUUGUGUCCGAUUGUUGUGCAGUACGUCACCAAGGGUCAGGACAAGUCACCAGCAGAGGCGGCCCAGGAAUGGCAGACCGUGUUCUUGAUUGCCAGCAUCAUUCACUUCUGCGGAGUCGUGUUCUACGCCAUCUUUGCCUCCGGAGAAAAACAGCCAUGGGCAGAACCCCCGGCUGAGGAGACUUGGCGCCCAGAGCACACCCUGACAGACGACGGGAAUGCAUGGAAAUACCAAACCUACGGUUCCACAACCCAUGGGUAUGAGGGGGAAGUGAACACUGCCUGCAAUGGAGGACCCGUACCCCCGCCGUAUAGUCCCGUGUAUGAAACUAAAGAGCAACUUGUUCAGAAGGAACAGAGAGAUCGCUAUAUGGCUGAUGGAAAUGAACGAGAUUUCUAAAGUAGUAGAUGAUUUCAUUUAUCAUUUUAUUCCACAUCGUAGGUCAUAGGAAUAUUGGCAUGCGCUGAAGGUCGAAGGACCAACAGGAGAUUAAAUUUCAAGUAAUGGAUACUGGUUCGAGGUCAUGUCAGGAACAACAUGGCGGGUUGGAAAGGAUCUGGUUCGGUGACUGUCGGUAUUGUAAUCGAGGGUUGUUCAUUUCAUUAGGUGUAACUGAAUCAUAUGUUCACGAUACGAGAUUGAUGGUUUCAUUGUGCAAUCAGUGUGGAAGUAACGAAGCUUAGCAACAAAAACAUCGAACAAUAAGAAUCCAGGGAAUUCACGGCAAUGAAAGAAGGGGAUGGAUUCUCAACCAAUCCAAUCACGAUCCCAGUACAAGAGUCCGCCAACAUGGCCGAGAAUAUGAUUAGGCCAAAUACAACUCUGUAGAAAAUCAAAUUUCUACGACAAGAAGAUGCUUUAAACCACAUCAUGAUAAAUCAUCAUCGACCAUGCUCGUCAAAUGAAAAAUGUGAUCACGUGACUAUCCAAGAUGGCGGUUAUCGGGAUCAGGUGGCCGCCGCAGUUGCGUAUCUCCUAUUAACGUCUAUUUUCCAAGAGACAAGCUUUCUUUGGACAUCUUACAUGGCCGCUCUAAUCACACUUUCUAAUUCAAUUUACCCAAAUCGCUCUGGGUAAUAUCUUUGAGCAACUGUAUAACCCAAUGGCUAAUGUUUUCCCUCUGGCCAGAUGCCCGAAUAUAAAAUGGGAUUGGACCUCAACACGGGCCAGGAUUGAGUUGAUUACAUUUUGAGCUAAAUUUGAUGACGGUGGAAGAAAGAGAACGCACAUUUCAAGUUGAGGGUUGUAAAUUAGGUUAGGAAGAGUUAUCUAGCUGUUUCCACAGAGAAAGGGGAGAACUGAUCAUGUGUCUACGACCAAAAUCAAUACUCAGUGGUAACAUAUACUGUAGGCCGGUAUAAAUGGAAUAGGAAACAUCACAAAUAUGGAAUGACAAGGAAAGGGAAAUGAGGAGUAUUCAGACAAAUGGAGUUACGUUUGUAUUCUUUAUAAUGGUUGAUUUAUAAAAUGCUGAAUUUCGUUUAAUGAAUUUGAUUAUAAGUGUUACUAGUGAUUUCGCUUCAAAUGUUUGUGAUAAUGUUUGUUGGGUAGAGAAAGCAGAAAGAUAUUCAAGCGAGAAGGCGAUUUCAUUAUAUUGAUUAACCAGCUCAUUGACUUAGAUUUGAUUCAUUUUGAAACACUGUGAUAGAGACAUGAGGGUUAUAUUUAUACUUCAACAUUAAAAACAUGAAACAAUUUCAUUAGUACUUAAACGCCUUUAACUAUUUUCUGGCAGAUUUCUGUCCAAACAAUUCUCUGGCAUAAUUGUCUAGAUAUUUUCGUUAAAUAUGAAAUAUUUAACGCAAAGCAAAUUCAAGAACAAUUAUCUUUUUGAUUAUCUAAUACUUAAAUGAUCUCUUUAAAAACAUAUCUGUUCUGUAAAUAACAUGAAUGUACAUAAUGAUUUUGAGUGGCGAGUUGACUCAUAAACGUCAUCUUAACGUGUUGAGUUUAAAUUGUUUGACUAUUUAUAAGGGUUUAUACCAAGCUACAAGUGAUUUAUUUGUGUCUUACUCGUCUUCUAAUCUGUGAUAUUAAACGUAUCCAUUAACAGAUAGACAGUGUCUACAAUGCAGAUAUAUGUACUGUUAUCUUCGUGUUACCUCCUCCAUAAUUCAAGGCAGAUCAAAUGAAAAAGUAAAUUUUCCCGUAAGGAAUUUUGAAAUUUAAAACAACUAUUUACAAAAGUAUUAACUAAAUAUAUUUCAUGUUUGUAUUUAGAAGUUAAACCAUGUCUUGUUAUGUUGCGAUAUUAGCUGUGUUUGUAUGGCAGUAAAUGGAUAGAUCUAUUAGCACUUGUGUAGAUGACAAAACUGAAUGUACCAUGUAGUAUUUGAAUAUUCAUCAUGAUAGAUAAGAGAGUAUCAUCGUCAUUUUUUCACAAUGAUUUGUUACACGCUUCAUAGUUUGUGGUGAGAAUGGCGAUGUAAGAGCAGAAUACCCACCUUCUCUUUACUUCUUCUAUCAUAGAUGUUUCAUGUGGAAAUACUCACCCAUAUUAGAUAGUCGUUGAUGUAUAUUGCAGGUUCAUUCAUGUCAAUCACUAUGUGUAAAUAUUGUUAGCAUCCAUAGCUAUUACCCCCUUGUUAAUAAUACAACCCGAUUGACGAGCUGUUUGCAAACGAUACUUUGAAGUAGUAGAAAGGGCGCAAGUAAAUAAACCAACAAGAGCAAUUAAAUUGGUAAAUAAACCAAUUGGCAUGA